CCGGCCCCGGCCCCUGGGCUGCUUCCUGUUGCCGCCGCGGGAGUGUGGGGCUGCUGGAGCGUAGCGAGGCGGUGCUGCGCCGCAGGUCAGAAUAACUGACAGAAUCUAGAAGAAGGAGGCACGUUCACCAAAUAUGGAAGAGGAUACCAAACCUCUCUUGGUUCCUGUUGGAGGUGAUGAAAGCAAUUAUGGAAUCAUGAAUAUACAGUUUAAUCCAGAGGAUUUUAAGUGCAAAAGACCAUUUCAUGUGGAGCCUACAAAUAUAGUCAGUGUGAACGAUGACAUGCAAAGAGUCACUGAUGAAGCUUCAGCAAUGAAUAAGCGGAUUCAUUACUAUAGCAGGCUCACGUCUCCUGCAGACAGGGCAUUGAUUGCUCCUGAUCAUGUACUUCCAGCUCCCGAUGAAAUCUACGUGUACAGUCCAUUAGGAACUGCUUUUAAAGUUGACAGUUGCACAGAUGGCUAUGGUAAAAACUCCAGUAUAGUGACAAUAUUUAUGAUAUGGAAUACAAUGAUGGGUACAUCUAUAUUAAGUAUCCCCUGGGGGAUAAAACAGGCAGGCUUUACUUCUGGAAUCAUUCUCAUCUUACUGAUGGGCAUUUUGACUCUUUACUGCUGCUACAGAGUUGUGAAAUCACGGAAAAUGAUACCUUUAAUAGAUACCUCAAACUGGGAAUUCCCAGAUGUUUGCAAGUAUUACUUUGGAUCCUUUGGUCAAUGGUCAAGCCUCUUAUUUUCUAUGGUAUCGCUUGUUGGAGCCAUGGUUGUUUAUUGGGUGCUUAUGUCCAACUUUCUGUUCAACACAGGAAAGUUUAUAUACAACUUUGUUCAUGACAUUAAUGUAACAGAUAUUGUUCCUGGCACAAAUGGAAGUAACAAAGUCAUUUGUCCAGGUGCUGCUAGCAGUCACCCACCACAGAACAGGAGUGUGCUGUUCUCUUCUGGCAACAAUACAGGUUUUGAACUCUUCGAGGAGUGGUGGAACAAAUCACAAACAGUACCAUUUUACCUGAUUGCUGUUCUUCUACCCCUGCUAAACCUGAAGUCUCCAUCCUUCUUUGCAAAGUUCAAUGUCCUAGGUACAGUUUCAGUUGUCUACUUAGUUUUUCUGGUUACCGUAAAGGCUGCUCAUCUGGGAAUCCACUUAGAAUACAACUGGUUUACAGAGAAUGAUUUUUUUGUACCAGAGUUUAGAAUUCUGUUCCCUCAGCUCACAGGGGUUCUGACACUUGCCUUCUUCAUCCACAAUUGUGUCAUCACACUUCUUCAAAACAAUAGGAACCAAGAAAAAAACGUGAGAGACCUCUCUAUUGCAUACUUCCUGGUGGGAUUAACAUAUCUAUAUGUUGGAGUGAUAAUUUUUGCAUCUUUUCCUUCUCCACCACUAUCCAAAGAAUGUAUUGAACAGAAUUUUCUAGAUAACUUUCCCAGUGAUGACAUCAUGUCUUUUGUUGCAAGAAUAUUCCUGCUGUUCCAGAUGAUGACUGUAUACCCACUGUUGGGCUAUCUGGCACGAGUUCAGCUGUUAAGACAGUUUUUUGGAAAUGCUUAUCCAAGUGUUUUCCACGUGCUCAUCUUGAACAUAGCAAUUGUAGGAGCUGGAGUAGCAAUGGCAAGAUUUUAUCCAAAUAUAGGAGGUAUCAUAAGAUACUCUGGAGCAACAUGUGGUCUGGCCUUUGUGUUUGUGUAUCCGUCCCUCAUCUACGUGAUCUCCCUGCAUCGUGCUGGGCAGCUGACGUGGCCAGCAUUGAUCAUUCACAUCUUUAUAAUCCUCCUUGGACUGGCUAAUCUGAUUGCACAAUUCCUAUUGUGAAAACUCCCCCUUCUCCCUGUGGCUGUCACAAGUGGUACUGUGACAUUUGGCAACAGCCUUGAGCAACACUGUCAUGCAUGAGAACGAACAGUCUUCAAUAUGAUCUUUUUGAGAAAAGCUGCACCUUUGAAACAAAUUCAAAACACAUCUUUUAAGCGCUUGACAGGAAACCUGUCUUGCUCCUCUAAAAACACAAUUUUAUGAGAAAUGAAAUGGUUCAGAUUUGAGUGACGUAGUUCUGGUUUUGUUGAACGUACAUCAAAGAUUAAUGAAGCUCAAAUGUUUUAACUUUUUACAGCACACUUCUCAAAACACACAGCUUUUAGACUCAGGCCUUAGAGCUCCUCUUUCUUCCAGAGGAACUGUCCUUACCUUUAUUAACAAACAUGCUUUCACAGUAUUGUUCAGUGACUUUUUGAAAUACUUGUUUGUUGCAGUUAUUUCCCUGGAAAAGGGAGAAAUUAUUGUCUUUCCCUUUUUUUAGGUUAAUUUAUAGUAAUUUGGGUCAAAAUGCAUGCUUAAUUUUGAAUAUGCUAUUAAAUUGUUUUGGCAAUAUUUUUCCUCUAGGAAAUUCCAACUAAGAGAAACAAUAAACUCAUGUCUCAGUGUUUUAUU